AGGCAGCACGCUGAGGCAACCGAAUCGGCUAGAAACUCGCUGCGCCAGCGCAUCCUCGUCCGCACCAUCAACAUCCACGCAGCCCGCGAAGCCGGUGGAGAUGUGUGUCAUCGUGGACGAACACAAUCGGGUGGUGGGCGCGCAGCCCCGCGACGUCACGGUGCGCAACCGGCUACUGGGCCGCGGCGCCUACGUGCUGGUGUUCAGCCCACCCGCCCAGGAGGGAGGCAGGCAGCAGCAGCAGGGGCAGGGGCAGCAGCAGGGGCAGCAGCAGGGGCAGCAGCAGGGGCAGCAGCAGCAGCAGCUGCUGGUAUACAAGCGGAGCAGCCGGAAGGACGUGUACCCGGGGCACUGGGACGUGGUGACGGCGGGGGUGGUGCGUGCGGGGGAGGAGUACGAGGACACGGCGGCACGGGAGCUGGCUGAGGAGCUGGGCGUGUCGGAGGCUGCGGCACGCGAGGGGCUGACGCGGCUGUUCGUGUUCCCAUACCAGGACAACAUCUGCCACGUGUGGGGCGCGGCCUUCACCUACACGCUGCCGGCGGGGCAGGUGCUGGCGUUGCAGGAGGAGGAGGUGGAUUGGGCGGGCCUCAAGAGCAUGGCAGAGGUGUCCGAGCUGCUGACGACGGAGCAGUUCACGCCGGUGGGGAAACACAUUUUGAACUUGUACCUGCAGCAACAGCAGCCGUAGCAACAGUAGCCGCAGCGGCGGCGGAGCCGGCAACCAGCGCAACAGGGGUAUCUCCAGGAGGGCUUGACUCAAGGGACACUGAAAUUGGUACUGUAAAGCAGAGCUUGUAUGUGCUCUGGACAUGUACAAGUGUAUUACGAUGUUCACUGUUUACUGGUGCUCGACGGUGCGCGGGCGCGGUCAGUGCAUUGUGUAUGUCGCGGUCGCGGUCAUUGUACCGAGUCGAGUGUGGACCCGCUUUUGGAGCCGCAUGAUGCUAGGAAAAGUCAUGGCGUCGUAUUACCAUGCGCAUUGAUCCCUGCAUGCGGUGGCAUGGGAGCAAGGAGUAAGGAGAGUGGAGCAGUCCGAUGACAUUGCCUGCUGCGGCGGUGAGAGCCUUGUUCCCAAGGUUUGGCACGCGUGACCGAAGGUCGCAAUCCGUCAAAGCCAAAGGCCGUUAGCUAUGAUCAUGGAUAUGG